CUUAUCAUACCUUUUACUUGCUCUGCGUCAGUUACUGUGUGUUUCUGCAACAUUCAGCUUCCCAUUCUUCCUGAUCACAAUACUCCUGUUGCCCUUCUGAGUCGAAAGCAGUCUCCAAACAAGCACAGAGUGUCCAAAACUUGUCUAUAAUGUACAAGGAAAAAUUACAUGCGGGCAAACAGCCGGACUAAAGACCAAAAUCAACAUGGUUUUGAGGAGGAUGGAAGACUGCAGUCUCCCUCUGUCCUCCGUCGACCCGACCCCCAGCCGUUAUCCCUCUCGACCCUCCUCAGCCCUCGACUCCUCACCCUCCCUCUGUCCAUCGCUCAUGCCGACCUCCACCCUCCUCCAGGUCUCUCGCUGCCGAAAUUUCCUCGCCUCCCCUCCAUCUCGACCCCUGUCCCCUUCUCCCUCGCCUCCCCUCCAUCUCGUCCCGGCACAGAGACGUCGCUGCCGGCGCCCUCGCCUAGCCACCGCGCGAUCGCCGCCACCCCACGCCCCUCGCCGCCAUUGGAGAGGGAGCUCGAUUCGCCCGCAGAUCUGCUGGUUAUGAGGCAAAGGGAUGGAGAUGUUGACGCGGGAGAAAUCACCGGCGUUAGUUCGACGAUGGCGGUGCUGGCGUGAUGGUGUGAUGCACAGAGAGCGACGGGGAUGCCGUUGGGAAAAGAAUCCCCAAACCUUCUUCUCCCUUUUUUUGAAUAUCUGAAAUGGUCCCUAUUCCUUUCCCGUGUCGCUCGAUCAGUCCCCAAACAUUUGUUUUUUAAUGAUUAAACCGAACCGCACAUAGUCUGUCGGUUAUCUUGGUUAACCGAACAACUACCGGUAACCGACUGGACGGUUGUCGACUAACUGAGGGGCUUUGGUAGGUCGGUAUUCGAUUGAGGUGGGCGACAUUUCGGUAACCAAUAACCGACUGUUCGGUUAUCGGUUAUAACCGAACUAACCGAAUUGCCAACCCUACUGCGGCCAUACAACACCAGCAACAAGAUCUGAUGUAGCUCCCUGCAUUGAAAUAAUAUUGUUUUCAACGACAUCAACCACAAUACAGGACAACCUAGCAAAUUAAUUAAUCCUUAAAUAGCCAAUCGUUGGCCACCAUCAAUACAACUUGGCUUUAAUAAUACCUUUUCCUUAUCUUACAAGGAAUACAAACCCUUUUUCAUGUAGGGACAUAAUCUUAACCCAUAUCCUACUAGCAAAAAGAAAUUUAUUCCUAUAAAGACACAACUAAUUUUUCUCUCUAUAAAUCGAUGCUCUCAUCCAUCAUAAUUAAUCAAUUGGGAUGGUGUCCUUUUAAUUGAGUCACACUAUCCAAAAGCCAACUUGGAUGCUUGCUCACUAAUUUAUUUAUUUAUUUAUUUUAUGACAAGAGUUGGGAAGUAUCACCACUCGCCAUAGCCCUUAACAGUAAGCCAGUAACUAAGCAUACAAAGGUAUACACCCACUGUCAACUCCAUUGGUCAAACCAUACAAGUCAUUCGUACGUCGCGUGGCUUCCUUCUUUCAAAGGAGAUGUACACACAAGAGUGACAUACUGCAUUUUAAAGUCAGGUUGCAAUUUCCCAGCAUGUUUUCUAACACCCUUGCAUGAGGCCUUCUGCUUAUUGGCCCUAGUUACCUCAACCAGUUCAUCUGGUUGUUGACAUCGACCCUUGUGGUUGUGAGUUUCUCUAUGAGGUACAUCAUGCAUUCUCUUUUUUUUUUUUUUUUUGGAUCCGAAGGGAAACCACGAGCCUAUCUCUGCUUUGGUUUCCCCCAAACUGCUUCAUGUCUACUACUUCGAGGGUAUGAGUACUUACACUUUACAAGUCCACUACCACUUACAUGGCUCACUUGUCUUUGUUUCCAGACCUCAAAGUCUUGUUGUCUCCUACACUUAGUACACAACCACCUUUCACCAUUUUUACUAAAUUGGUGCAUAUUGAAAUUUCUUAUGCAUGCCACUAUGUCCACCAAUUUUGGUUGACAUAUUACAACCUUGUUUAUCCUUUUCUACACUCUUAAACUUAUGCAACCAUGAGUGGUUUGAUCAUACUGCAUAUUACUUGAGUUGCCCCCCAAUCCAAUUUUUGUAAUUGGUGACUUGCGCCCUAUUCUAUUCCUAAUCAUGCUUUUAUCUUUAUCCGAUCCAUGUUCAAGUUGAACAUUUUGCAAGUUGCAUGACGUGCACCCCCCCCCCCCCCCCACCCCCAUCCAUCUUUGUUGGUUGAUGGCAUUGCCCCCAGUAUAUUUUUUGUCAUGCUUUUAACUUUACCCCAACCAUGUGCAGGUUGAACUUUUUGCAAGUUGUGUGGCAUGCCCCCAAUCCAUCUUUAUUUGGGUGAGAUAACAUGACUAUCCCUAAAGGGGUUGGAAAAAUGACAUCCUCUAUUAAUUAUAGGCAUUUAAGGUAAUUGAUUUGUGUUGCAUUUAAUAAUCUGUCUGAAUUAAAAAUCCAUAUUAAUUAAUUUCAUUUUUUCAG